AUGGAUCUUCGAAUUCAUUUUCCCGCCAGUGCAAAUGGCUACAAGAUCUUUGCAAUUAUUGGCCAUUGGAUUACAGCAGAUUUUCAGCCUCAGCAUAGAUUUCUUGACUUUCAAGAGAUAGAAGGCCCUGAUACUGGUGAGAAUCUAGUAUCUAUUAUCUAUAAGGUUCUAUGCGAGCUAGACAUCAGAGCUAAGCUUCUUUCCAUUACUGGUGAUAAUGCAAGCAAUAAUCUAGCAAUAGCUGAAAUUCUCUAUGAUUUGCUCAAAGCUGAUUAUGAACAAGGCAAUAUUCAGCAAGCAAUAAGAUAUCAAGGAGAAGAUUCAAAGCUUAUUCAGUAUGAUGUUACUACUCGCUGGAAUUCCUCUUAUUGCAUGCUCAAUGAUGCUUGGAAUCUCUUUGAUCUUCUACAAGAAGUUCAGGAUAGGGAGAGAAACUUCAAGGACUUUGACAUAGAUAUCGCUAAUGCAGUUAAAAGUGCCAUGACAAAAUAUAACAAGCACUAUACUCUUAUGGAUGAUUCAUGCGAUAUUCUCUAUAUUAUAACGCUGUUGGAUCCUCAGUUUAAGAAGCUUGUUCUUGAGCAUGAGUUACAGGAUGAAGCUAAGGAUAUUAUUACUGCUAUGCAAGAGCAGCUUGAGAUCCAGUAUUCUAUAACUUAUAAGCCUGAACUUUCUAUAGCUUCAGAAGAACCAGGACCAUCAGCUGCGUUUCAAAAUCCGUAUAAGACCAUUGUUCAGAGAUGA